AUCUUUACAAUGAUUAUUACUAUGAUACACUUUUUUGGACACAACACAUUAGCAUUCGAUCCUGAUUCUGAAUUUUUAAAACUGUAUAAUUGCAAGCAUUUGGAAACGUUGGAUAUUGAAUAUAACAAUGGAUUUGCUCCCUACACCCUGCAAUGGAUUGAUUGUGGACGCAAUAUCUCUCCUUCAAUGUAUUCCAACACAACAUGUUCUACAAGAUGUCAAGAUCCUUCAACUAAUCAGUUUUUAUCCGAAAUAUAUCAACAGCGACCGAUUCUUGUUUGUGAAACAUUUCAAAUCCGAAGAAGAGGACAGAUUUCAAAAAUAAGAAUUAAACUGGCCAAGGGCUGCAAGUGUGUCAGAUAUUCUGACGAAUACAGAGAUAAUAUUGAAAUUGACUGCUAAGAUAUUUUAUGGUGAAAAGGAGAUGAUUAUUCCAGGACAGCAUUAUGAGAUUCUAGUUUUAUUUUUUACUAUUUAAAUUUCCCUCGUGUAUGCAAUGUUA